AUGUCAAAUUUCAAGGACAAUAAAAGUGCAUCCGACAACUUUGCAUCAUCCUCAAUAUUGGGAGAAGAUGAAAUAUGCGCAUCAAUAUCAUCAUAUUUGUGCAAAUUGUUUAAAAGACCCAUAUUAACGAGCAUUAAUACAGACGAUAUUGAGAUAAAUUCUAGAAAUAUUAAUGAAUUCAAACAUACAAUUAAUAAAAACAUAGUAGAUUUGGUAAGAGAGAUAAAAAUAUAUAGCAUGAAUCAAAUUCACAUUAAAAAAAAGAGUUGUAUUCGAAUCACAGAAAUAAGUUUUUACAACAAAUCAUUCGAUGAAUUUAUUAUAACCAAAAGUUACGAAGAAUUAAGAGAUAUAUUUAUUUACUGUUUAAAUUCCUCAGCAAUUGUAAAAAAUGUCGAAGGACAAACUUUUAUUUCGAAGGUGAUAUCAAAACUAAAUCUUGAUACACAUAACGAAUUAAGUGAAAUAAUAAAAUCUUUUGUUCCCAAGCUAAGUUCAAAUCUAUUAAUCUGUUAUGGUAAAAUUUUAUAUAUGCUUUGGAUAGAAUAUAUUAGCCAAAAUGACGAAAAAAAAAUGCAAAAUCUUGAGGAAGUAAUACAGAAAACUUUUUGUAUGGGGUCAAUUAAGCUGAACCCCGUAAUUGCUCUUAGGAUGAGGUUGAUUUUGCACAGUUUUCAUACUAACCGUGAUGAUGUUCGAGUAAAUAAGUUGUUGUUAAGGCUAUAUGAUCCAAUAAUUUGGAGAUACCUUUCAGUUGCUAAUUGGAAAGUCAGGCUUAAUACAACUGCCCUGCUUGCAAUGUUAUUCCCACUAAUUGAUCCGUCACUAUCUACUGGAGUUUAUAAUUCUGAACUAGAUAACCAGUUUUCAAUAAUACAGAACUUGCUUGUUGACAGCCAUUCUGAAGUAAGAAUAGCGGCUAUACAAUCUGUUUCCCGAAUAUUAACACUGUAUUGGGAAAUAACUCCAAUAGAAAGAAUCCAUGAAAUUUUAUCAACACUUUCAACAAAAUCUAUUAAAGACAAAAAUUCAAGUAGUGCUAGAGUCGCAGUAAUAAAUGGAAUGAAUGCUAUCAUAAACAAUCCAUUAUCACAAAAUAUAAUGAAGGGCUAUUUGCCGAAUAUAUUUGCAUAUCUGCAUGAUCUUGACAUUGAAGUUAGGUAUUCCGUCGCCUUGCUCAUUUUAAAAAUUUCUAGGAUUCAAGGGUUUGACUAUUCACAAAUCAUUUCAAAAAAACAAAUACUUUCCAGAAUCUCCAAGGAGUUCAUUAUUUAUCAGGUUAGACAAUCCACUUAUUUUAUGAAAUAUGGAAAAUUGUGUGAAAAUUCCAAUAUAUUAAUAAAUGACAUUUUUUCAAACGAUCAGGAUUCUGUUUUUGAAUCUUUAAAAGUUGCAAGGGUACUUGCAGAAUUGUUAAACCCUUCAAUUUUUAUUGAAAGGGCAAAGGAGCAACUCAAAAACUGCUACUUUUUUUGUGAUCUUUGUCCAAUAGGAAUGAUUGGAUACUUUUGUAGUCUGAAAAUUUUUGUGGAUGAAACCAUUGGAAAAAAUAUUCAAAAUUCUGAUUUGUUGCGUUUAGCAGUACUCAUAAUUACAACAACAAUUGAAAACUAUCAAAAAAAUAAAAUUACCUACAACAAGGCAAAAAUUCUGUUGGCAUCCAGCAAAGAAAUUUUGUCAAUAGUUUUCUCAAAUCAAAUAUCUUUAGUGGAAUCGAAUCAAGAGGUUUGCUAUAUUUCUAACUACAACGAUAAGAAAAGAAGAAACACGACCCAAAUUGCUAUUAAAUAUUUUACAAAUGCCUGCAAUGAUGAUUUUUUACUAAAAAUUGAUCCAAAUGAUAAGAUUUGGGUAAGUAUACUGCAGUUAUUACAACACCAAACUGUAUUGAACUCAAGUUUUUAUCCAAAAUUCUCUCAAAAACUUAUAUCUGAGCUCUGGAAUCAUUCUUUGGCAGUUUUCAGAAAUAGAUUAGAUGAAAAGAGUGCGAGAACAAAGCUAGGUACAAUUAUUUUGUUAUCAAAGAAUUGGAAGCUAUUAGAUAAUAUUAUUCCCAUUUUGGUGGAUAACGCUUGUAAAUUAUUAUCUAAUAAGUUAAUAACAGAUCACGAAAUAAUAAACGCAAAUUUGGAAGCCAAACUCAUCCCAAAAGAUAUUGGAGCUUUUUCUCUCAAUACGCUUUUAAACAUAUUGAUUUACAAUGAAAUAAGAGUAUACUUUUCAAAUAAUUCCUCAUUAAUAAGUUGCAUAGAAAAACUAGCAAACAGUAUUUUAAAUACUCACAUUAAUGAAACUUCGCUUGAAAUAGAAUUGGACACGAAACAAUUAACAAAAAAAUUAUUAAUAUACUGUUUGGCAAUAAUUAAGAAUGAAAAAUCUUUCUAUGAACUCAUUCUAAUUAUUUUUCGAAAAAUUAAUUACAUUGCGAAUGAUAUUAACCAUUCAUUUGAUCAAUUUCUUUUACUAUUCGAGAUACUUGGCACUGCACUCUCCAUCCCAAACAGUAACCUUUCUAAUGAGAAAAAAACUCUUGAAGAAAUAGCAAAAAUGUCCGAAGAUUUGCUAAUUACAAUGAGAAAUAUUUUGGAAAUGAGUGAUCGGAGUGAACUUUUCGAAAUUCGAGUUAGGCAAGGGAUAAAUACAUAUUUAUUUGCGCUAAAACAGAUCAUAGGAAGCUCAAAUUUUGAAUUAGUUUCUCUUUCAAAAGAAAUUGAAUCAAAGUUAGAUAUAUUUCCGGAAAUUAGUAAAUAA